AUGUCCGAAAUCUACAACCCCCACACCCGCACCUGGGAAUAUAUCCCCUCCGAGCCUACCCACGGCCUCUAUAGCGGCUCCCGAGGCCUUCAAACCUACUCGCCCCCGAGCCCCGCCGAGAGUGAGAGCGACCCCUACGCCGAUGGCCUCGAGAUGCGGUCAACCCGGCCAACCACCACCUCCUCAACCUUCGGCCUCAGCACACGGAAACCACGGCGCUCCCCUCCGCGAGCCCCCUUUGGAGGUUCCGAGACUGCUACCCACAAUUCACACUCAUCAGAGCAGAGCUGCUGUGGGUCUAGACACACCGAGGAGCACCUCCGGACACCACCCAAACCGGCGCCGCGGUAUGAUGAGGAGGGCCCGGAGAUGCAGCACUCAUUGUCCCCGCGGCCGAACGCCGCAAAGAGGAAUAGUAGUGGGAGCUCGGCGGGACGGCCGGUCAUGAAGAAUACGAGGACUUCGUUUACAGCCAAUGGGGACCGGGUCGAGGAGUAUUCGGGGGAAGGAAGCUUGAGGAUCGGGACACAUUGGGUUGAUGAUCAGGAUGAGGUUGCGGUGGAAGGGUUGGGGACAAGGCCGGGUGGUAGGAGAGGGAGUGGGUAUGGGAGGAGUUUGUGGUAG